AUGAGGACACAAGUAACUUCCACAUCAGUGGUUUCCAUCGUGUUUCGCUGUAGUGUGCUUGCUGCAGUGCUGUGCACAUCAUUGGUCGCCCAGGCGUAUAGUGUACGCUACGUCACUUUUACUUCCCCUACACCAGUAAGCGCCCGGUUUGCCGGCCCCUGUCCAUGGCAAAGCGGAGGCCACACCAUGAUGCCCAUGACGGGGAGCUUCCAAACAGAUGCGUACAGUAAGUUUGUUGGGGCUGCUUACACAGAGGCUCCCAUUGGCGGGAUUAAUCCUGCCACUUCAUGCACGACCCAAAGGUGUCCGUGGAUCUUCCACACCGGGCUUAUGAACGGAACCCCAGUCAAGCAAUCCACAUUUUUGUACGGUACUGUCCAUAAUGGGGUGGACCACACUGUGAUCGUUCCUGGCAUGUAUCAUAACUUUAUCAACGGGGUCCAACCUGUUUCUUUUUUGAGUCCAGAGGACAAUGUCAUCCCGAAAAUGAGGCAAGGUGGAUUAUGGAUGACUGAUUUGCGCGAUCACCUAUACACAACGUGGAUAUGUGAGUACUACGAUUUUACUGCUUCUGAAGAGGCAACGGCACCUGCAACGGAUGAGAAUGGCUUUCUUCUUCAUCCAUAUAUAAUUGGCGGGUUUCCGUGGUGGGCUGGACUUAUCAUUGGUAUUGUUGUCGUUAUCAUUGUGGUUAUCAUUCUUAUUAUAUGCUGCUGCUGUUGUAAGAAACACAAAGAGAAGUUGGAAGAGGAAGAGAUUGCAGAGGAUACGAGAAUGGAAGAUAAUCUCAGUCGGAUUCCCACACAAUCACAGCUCGGCUUUGGUCGCUCUCGUAGUAGCGCGUACGUUGGAAAUGACCGUGGUGACUUUCAGGGCAGUGGGUAUGCUGGUGUUGGGCGGAAUGGCAGUGUUUAUAAUAACAACAAUUAUGUUGAGAAUGAUGCUAUUGACGGUGGGAAUCCCCUUGAGGGUCAGUACCCUGCCGAAGAUUAUCAAUACAACAACAAUUACCAGGGUGGAUAUCCUCCUGGUGGCUAUGUUCCUCAGGGUGGAUAUCCGGCAAACUAUGGGUACCCUCCUCAAGCUGGCUACUAG